AUGAAUUCCACGGCUGAGAUCCCACGUUUCGAUAUCCCCACUCACUGUAAAGCUGGGGUUGUUAUUAAUGAGGGGCCUGACUUUCAUGUUGAGGUGCAGAUGGUGCCGGUCCCUGAGCCUGGACCGGACUAUAUCCUGAUUCGACUCAAUGCGACCGGCAUCUGCUCGUCCGACAUCCACAUGAUGAAAGGCGAUCUCGGGGUGCCACCAAUGUCGACAUUCGGCGUGCGAUCUCCAGGCCACGAAGGCGCCGGUGUCGUUGUCAAAGUCGGCGCAAAUGUCAAGAACUUCAAGCUGGGCGAUAGGGCAGGCAUCAAACCGAUCACUGAUACUUGCGGGUCUUGCGCCAUGUGCUGGGAUGAUAAGGAGACAUACUGCAAGGCAGCCAUUCACACUGGUCUAAUGACACCUGGGACAUAUCAGCAAUAUAUUGUGUCUCCCGCUCGAUACACGUCGCCUAUCCCGGACGGCGUCCCAGAUGAAGUCGCCGCACCGAUUAUGUGCAGCGCAAGCACGAUGUAUCGUUCAUUAACUGAAUCGAACCUUCGCGCUGGAUGCUGGGUGGCUUUUCCGGGCGGAGGAGGUGGCGUGGGUAUCCAGGGUAUACAGCUUGCCAGAGCAAUGGGAAUGCGGCCAAUAGUCGUAGAUACAGGUGACUCCAAGCGUGAACUAUCCCUGAAAAUGGGGGCAGAGGCGUUCGUCGAUUUCAGAGAAACUGAUGACCCUGUGAAAGCGGUGAUCGAAGUCGCGGACGGAGUAGGUGUCCACGGUGUCUUCGUCACUGCACCUGCAGCAUACAAAACUGCGAUCUCCUAUACUGGAGAGCGAAUUGGGGCUAUCAUCAUGUGUAUCGGGAUGCCACCCGCUGGUUCAACUACCCUAGGAGCGGAUCCCUGUGAGUUUAUCUUCAAGAACCUUAGUAUUAAGGGGUCAUUGGUGGGAACUCGGAGUGAUACGGCCGCUGCGUUGGAUUUUGCGAAGCGCGGUUUGCUACAGCAGAUUUCCGAGGUUUACCCUAUUAAUCGCCUGCCUGAGGGAGUUGAAAAGCUGCGCAAGGGGCAGGUGGCAGGGCGGGUUGUGGUCGAUUUUAACUGGGAGGAGUAG